AUGACUGUGUUUCUUGUCGCCAUUUUGUCAAUAUCUUCAUUGACGUCUGCUCAGCCUUUUCCAUUUCAUCUAGAUAUCCUUGUAGAUGAAGACGAAGCUGAGCGUAUCUAUAAUAUCACAAAUGAAUUCUUUAAUUCCACUCGCCUUGGAGUGUGGGCAUCUAUGGAUAUAAGUCCAGUCACUUUUGUCGUAAACACGAAAAAUGAAACCCCUGGCAUUUAUAGUUUCACUGAGAAAAACAGUUCUUCCUCGUCAUAUAUUGAUAUGAAAAGAAAUCCCUCCGAUCUUUUGUGCAUAUUAGCAAAAAGCAUAGGUGUAGCUUAUAUUCGGACUCGCCCUGGAAGGUCCAGUAUUUGUCGUCCCAGCAUACGGAUAAGACCAUCAGUGACCGAAUACAUGGACAUUGCCCACCAGAUCUAUAAGUAUAAUGAUAGCGAAUUCACAUCGGUCAUUUAUAUUACGGACCACAUGUAUGAUUUCGAUCUUAGCAUUUUUCAAAAGAGAUUCAAUUCCACCUUGAAGAUGAUGAUGUUUACAAUUCAAAAUAGCAGUGUGCCAUCUCAAAUAAAGCAGUUUGUUACGGAUGGCAACACAGAUUCUUUCAUCAUGUUUGCUUCUGGUGCCAUUAUAAGGAAUUUGUUACAAAUUCUUUCAAACCUGAAGAAUUUAACAGUGACAAGGACAGAUAACUGGGUGAUGAUUCCAUCAGACGAAACAGAAUGUCCGGAUAUUUUGGGUUUGAAUUUCUCAGUCGUGUGUGUUCGACACGAUUUCGUGAAAGAUCCUGAUGUCACCGUCGACUUAAGAUAUGUGGAUGACGCAUUAUUGCUGAGAAGUCUCCAUUUACUUGAGAAAAAUAUCAAAGCUUUAUCCCUCCCUUUUAUUCAAAUGUACCUUGACUGA